UAUAAAUUUGAGCUUUAAUUAGCAUAUUUGCAAAUUAAGCUUGCGGUCACCCUACAAACCAAAACGAUGGAGCGGCGCGACGAUGUGCUUAGGCAGGCGCUCAAUAAGAAUGCGGACGAGACGGAUCGCUGGCAGGCAUUUAAGGCCGAUAAUGAAAGCGCUAUUGCGAACUUGGACAUGUUCUCUAAGAAACUGAGCGUCGAGGUUAUGGUGCCAAUUGGCAAGAAAGCUUUGAUGCCGGGCGAAUUAAUUCACACCAAUGAGUUGCUUGUGGGACACUAUCAAGGCUACUUCUCCGCCUGCUCAGCCCAUAAAGCCAAGGAGAUAUGCCAACAUCGUCUACGCUUGGCCGAAGAGCAAUUAAAGAAACUUGGCGUCGAAGCAGAGUUGUGGCAAAACAAACUGGAAAAGCCAUUGCUAGAGGGCGCAGUGCCAAAUGCAGGUGAAAUUGAAAUUGUGGAAGACUACAAUGAGGAGGCACACAACAAUUGGUUGAAAGCGCACAAGGAAAGCAUGCGAAAGCAGAAACAAGAGGAGCGUAUUCAACGCGCAUCCCAAGGAAAUGAUCAGGAGCUCUUUCAAAAACUGGAAGAGCGUGAAAUGCUGGAGGAACUUGGCCUUGAUCCUGAUAAUCUCAAUGAACACGAACUCAGCGAGCUGCUGCAGAAAGAUGAAGAUGUAAAAAAACCUAAAUCUGAGAACAAAGACUGUGAUAAACAAGUUGAACAAGAUAUGACAGAUGAAGAGGUAUUUAAUAUACUAGAUAAACUGGAAGCCGAAGAGCUGCUUGAGGAAGAUGACGAGCUAAAUGAAGAGGCAGCGCAGAACGUACAAAGCGCCAAUGAAUUGGUACAAAAUCUAAUGAAAGGUCAAGGUAUUGAAGUGACGCCUGUAAAAACUCGCAUAGGCAAAGUACAACCUGAAAUCGAAGAAAUACAGCUGGCGGAAGAGGAGGAGGACGAUGAUGAUGAUGGUGACCAACCGGAGGAAGUUAAGGUCAUAAGAGAGCAGCUGGUCCAGUUGCCCAACGAGCAGCAACUGGAGUUUUUGCAGGAACAAAUCGAAAUUAUUAAAACGAAAAUGCGAAAUAUACAAAAGGAACAAUUCAUAAGCGAUGAGCUUACUCAUUUGAUGAACGUGGUUGUAUGCCUGGAAGAUGAUUUGCAGGAAAUUAUGAUGGAGCAGGUCGAAACCGCAAGCACGGACGAACUAACCGAUGAACCACAAUCUAUGCCCGCUGUAGUCGAUAAAAAGAAGAGAAGAAUAUCUUUUGCAAAGGAAGACUAUCAUGUGCUCUUCAGAAAGGAAGAAGCCGUUGAUAAAAUGAUGCGCAAAUAUAAGAAACUUCAACCGAAAGUAAAUCGUGAUGUCAUUUCUCUUGAUGAUGCCCCAAUGCAAGAAGCAGUGAGAGAAGUCGCCAUAGUGGAGCCUCCUAAACCAGUAAUCCCUUCACCAAUUAUGCAGAAAGUGGAGCAAAAUCUAGAAUUUGUGCAGCAGCAUCAAAGUGUGCAGGACUUUGAUUUGGUCAAUCAAAUACUGGAGGCUUCAACUGGCAAAAUUAAUACGCUACACAUUAGUUUCAAACAUUCCGAUGCUACAACAGCUUCAUCCGAGUUCGAUGGCACUACGCCUGGCAAUCCAGCCGAUUUUUAUCUUUACGAAAAAGCUCAGUCUCAGAAAACAUCUGGCAAUGAGUUUCCCAUUUAUGUCAAUAGCUUUGAGGGCGAGGAAGAGCUGAAGGUGCCAAUACUCAAGGAAGAAGCCAGACAGGCUGCGUACGAUGAUCCAAGAAGCCAGUUUUCCAACCCAGCUGCCAACUUAGAGGCACUUGAAACCAAAUCUAUAUUGCGCAACAAAUCGGCCGUGGAACGGGAGACGCACAAUAACAGCGCAGAGGAGUCACAGCCAAUUCCAAUGAUCAACAGGGUGAAAAGAAGCCGCAAUAGAAAGCAGAAAAAGCAGCGCACCAUUGAUGAUGAUUUGCGCGACAUGAGCGCCUAUCAAAAGGUGAUGCAGGAUCUCGUCGAAAAGGAGCCCUCCACCAUUCCCGAGCCUCUGCCGGAGGGCAACUACAUUGAUGCGCAUGCGCCAAAGCAGCGCAUCAGUCGUUUUAAGGAACAGCGUAACACGAACAGAUCAUAGUUAAGAAGAUAUGUACAUUUAUUUAUUGGCGAUAAAAUGAAAUCGUGUAUGUACAUAUGUACUAUAUAUAUAUAUUGUAU